CAACGCCGACCUACUUUGUGGCAGGCCUUCAGACAGAGACCUUCAUGUUCGCAAGGUGCCCGGUCCGAGCACCGCGCAGCCUGAAGCAUGGUCUACAUUCAUCCUCCUUGAAAGUGACCGCUCGUGCCUACUCUUCUACGACAGAGCAGGGUCAUGCAUCACCCAAUGCACGAGAGUCGUUGCGUUCGAAGCCUACAUCUCGUAACUUCCUCUCCGGACUGUCCAUCGGUCUAUGUCUUGCCAUAGGAUGGUGGGCUUAUGAUGCAUACAGCCAGCGCGACCCAUUCACCGCAUAUUCGCUAGUUGCCAAGAAACCUGUCUCUUCCACGGCCAGCAUUUUCCACCUCGAACCUAAGAGCAAGGCUCGUGACCUCGAAUUGUACAAAGAUGCGUGGGAAAAAGGAAUAUGGAAUGUCCAGUUCAAGCAACCCCAAUUGCAGAUCGUCCGAGCCUACACGCCUCUACCGCCUGGUGACGAGAGUAUAGGUCAAGAGAAGGGCGAAUUGCGCUUUCUGAUCCGUAGGGAUCCUCAUGGUGAGGUCUCGAGUUAUCUCCACAAGCUCUCUCCCGGGGCUGAAAUUGCCAUGCGGGGACCAUAUCUAGAGUACGAAUUGACUCCGGAUGUCCGACAAAUCGUCUUCUUUGCUGGCGGAACGGGGAUUGCGCCUGCUCUGCAAGUCGCACAUGCGUUGUUCGAGGGCAAUGAGGCCGGUGUGUCCAAGAAAGACAAAAGAUUGCACAUCUUAUGGGCGAGUAGGACGCGAGAGGACUGUCUGGGUGGUGUCAGUGAUUCACCGCCCGAUACAGUCUUGCCGCCAAAACCGACAUGGUCUGGGCUGUUCUCGAGUACCAAAUCUAGGCCAAAACAAGCCCCUCCGCCAACACAGGAGAAGGGUGUAAUCACGAAGGAAUUAGAAGCUCUCAAGAAAAAGUACCCCGGUCAAGUCACGGUCGAAUACUACGUCAAUACAGAGGAUACAUGGAUCGACGAAGACGCGGUAUUUCGUGCUCUGGCCAGAUUCGACGACAAAGUCUUUAGUACUAGACCUGCCGGCCUACAAGACCAGCGACAGAUCCUCAUCUCCGGACCACCAGGUUUCAUUACUUAUCUGGCAGGACCGAAGGAAUGGAGGAAUGGCAGGGAAGAGCAGGGUUCAGUCAGUAAGCUCGUGGCUCACGCGCUUUCGAGGCAUCCGCACAAUGUUAAGGUAUGGAAAAUAUGA